GGGAAAAAACAGGACAGUUAUACUACAAAGUCACAUAUACCGGUCAUGUGAGGUUUUAGAAUAUACAGCCAAUUUCCUAAAUAAUCUUAACGAAUCUAGCAGUCAGUUGCAAUAUAAAAAAAUCAAUCAUCGUUUGGUUACUACAAAAUUCAUAUUGCGGCAAACUACCGGUUUAAUCAAAUACUAAGUGUCAUGGCGUCAGACGAUUCAACACGUAACCUCUCAUUGUCGCUGUAUCAUUAUCUGUGUCAGAAUAUUGUGGGAUAUGAAGAUCAUGUCAAAACUAUUAGAAUGAUGAAUAACGUUAGGGAUAAUCUAGUCACCGAUCAAAAAGUAUGCAUCACUAGUGGCAGUUUUGGAGAAGGCAUAGAAAUGAAAGGUAGUGAUAUAGAUAUGAUGCAUGUAUCAAAAGAAAUUAAAGUAUAUGAAACCAUGUCAUCAGUGGUUAAGAUAUAUCAUAAAACAUACUUUUCUAUGUAUAUGGAGGAAACAAAACCAGGAUUUACUUCUUUAUUGUUGGAGUAUACUAAUGCUGUAGACAUUUUGCCAAUCUGUACGGACGUUCGAGGGAAGUUAUUUCUUUCAAACCUCAAGUAUAAACAGAGUCUGGAACAGCCACGUAUGAAUGUUGUACACGGUCCAUGUUUAUCAGAUCACGAAGGUCUUUAUGAUUAUUGUUUCUGUCUGCAUAGUGAGUCAUGGAUAACUGCUGCAAAUCAGUGGAUUUUAAGACCGAAUAAUGGAUGGCCCAGUCCUGAAGUUAAGCAAAGUAUAAUAGACCACGGAGUUUUGUUUGUACCGAUCGGUGUUAAAGGAUCUGCUAAUGAAGAAAUAGAAUGGCGUUUGUCUUUCUCUGUGGGGGAAAAACUUCUUAUUUAUGCAUUCAGUCAUACUCUUGAAGGAUGCUAUAAAUAUUGACAAGCAAUGCGAAGCUUUACUCUGCUCAUAUUUCCUCAAAACUAUUAUAUUCUGGGUAUCUGAAGAAUUACUUCCAUCAGUGUGGACACCAGAAAAUUUGAUACCAUGCUUUAUGAGAUGUUUUAGGAGGCUGAUCUUUUGUGUAGAAUAUUCAGUUUGUCCGCAUUAUUUCAUUCCUGAAAAUAAUUUGUUUGAGAAUAAGAUAGAAGGAAAAGAACGAGAAUUAUUGUUAAGUAAUCUAGAAAAUUUACACAGUAACGAUUGGAAAUGCAUUUUUCGUUCACCUCAGAUCACUCUAUUUGAGCCAUCGCCGAAUCUAGAUAUUCCUUUAAUACCUUUUAUAUGUAAUUUUCAAAAGUUAGCUAAUUCAGAUUUUCUGUUAAAGCUAAAAGAGAACUUUUUUCUUAUGGGAAAUACCAAGAAAGGCUACGUUCAGGCAGUUCAUAAUUUGCUUUAUCUCCAAUCUACCAGGAUACAGUACAUACACUUAUAUCUUAUGUCAAGUCUAUCCGAAAAUAUGCCAGAGGCUAUGCCACAGAUAAAGCGAGAUGGUAACAAAUACUACUAUAAACAAUACAACACAUACCUAAGUUACUUACUACAGAAUACACAUCAAGAUUGUGUGUCUGAAUGGUUAAUAUUGGCUUCUCUCUUCUACAAAACACAACAAUAUAACAAAGUUCUUUACUUGACUUUAUAUUCGUUGUCAAAGUGUACGUCGGAAAAACUGUGCCAAGGUGAAGAUUUAACAGACACCCAAAUUGAACUGCUCAGUUUAAAAACAAUCCAAAAGAAAGGAAAAAUCAAUUUAUUGAAACUGCUUAAAGUACAAUGUUGUGCUUUUGGGAGGACUUUUCUUAUUCCAACAGAGCUGCAAAUGAAUGUACCUAUAGACGAGAUUAAAUUUUUUCCCAUAUUACCACCAGUAGUAUUAGCACAUUUCUUACGCGUGUUAUGUCAUUACCAUCUUAACAAUAUUAAACAAUGUCGAAAAUCCGUCAGUGCUUUAGGUCUAACAAUAGCUGAAGAUUAUUUUAUUCCGAAAUGCAGAAAGGCUGAAAAAGCUGACUCCUUCGACUGUUUGGGUGUAGCUUUGCAGUUGAUAGGUGAAACUGAAAAUGCUAAACAAGCAUUUGUACGGUCAAUUGAACUCAAACCUGAACAACCGUUCAACUUGUCAUACAAGAGAUUAUAUGAAAUUGUAAAAGGAUUAGGUCGGGUUUUAGUUUUAAAGAAGCCCAAUUUUCAAUAUACGUUCGACGAUUAGUGUUUCAUUAUUUUAUGUGACUGUGUUCUUACUCUUAUAAAAAGUUAACAGAGGUAUUUAGAGUACUUUUGUAUAAAAUUGAGACAAACCUUUGGUUUUAUAUGUUUUACAAUAAAAAAUUGAAUUGACCAAAUAGGUGACCAUGCAGUCAGUUCAUGUACGAUA